UGCGGUCUUUGUAAACUCAGAAAACCGAAAACUGAUUCGCCUGUGCUACGUAAAUCCAAAAGUGAGUUUGCUGCAGUUGGGGCUAACAAGAAUAGAUCAUGGAUGCAAACAAAGAGUCUCCGGUGGUGCACCCAGCGGUUGCAGCACUGUCCUUCCUUCUCGGCACUUGGAGAGGCCAAGGAGAAGGAGGCUACCCCACCAUCAAUUCCUUCUCUUAUACCGAAGAACUUCACUUCUCUCAUUCUCCCAACAAGCCUGUGAUAGGGUAUACUCAAAAGACAUGGAAGCUGGGCUCCGGAGAGCCAAUGCACGCUGAGAGUGGAUACUGGCGUCCUAAACUUGAUGGCACCAUUGAAGUUGUCAUUGCUCAAAGCACUGGUCUUGUUGAAGUUCAGAAAGGGACAUAUAGCACUGAACAGAAAGUGAUUCAGCUUCAGAGUGAAAUGGUUGGGAAUGCUUCUAAGGUAAAAGAGAUAAGAAGAUGCUUUCGGAUGGUUGAUGGAACUCUUUGCUACGAUGUUGAGAUGGCUACCAACACGAUAACUCUUCAACCGCACUUGAAAGCUGCACUAAAGAAGCUCUGAAUAGAACAUCUUCCGUGACUGCUAGCAGAAGGGUGCAAUGCAAUAAUCUCUUUGUUCCUUUGAAAGUUGUGCAAAGUUUUCAAGACACUGAUUUAUGGACAAUUCCAUGAUAUAACAGGUUGAAUUGCAUUAGUAUCAUGCACUAAGGUAAUUGAGUAGUAUAGAUUUGAGUCGUGAUAGAUGCCACUUUUUCAUUGUUCAAAUGUAUAUACUACUGAAUUACCCGAGUGUAAGAUGCUCCAGUUUCAACUUUAUGCACCUAAGACGUUUUUCUUGAGGACAUUUGAUUUGUUGGAAGCACCCUUGUAGAGAAUAAUGUUUCUCAAAACAUAUAUCUGUAUCAUGCUACUUGUUUGAAGCUAUUAUGGUUUAGUAAUAA